GACAUAGUCAUUGUUGUGCGCCAUUGUCGUGACGUCACUACCACGUCAUUGGUGUGACCUAACUGGCAAACGUGUUGGUGCCUUCAUUGUUGCGACGUCACUAGUGUACUCUGAUUGUUGGGAGCUUAUUGGCGACGCCACUAAGUGAUGUUGCGACAUUGUUAACACUAGCACGAGUGAUCAGUGAUCAGUGGUGGUUCAGUGAGUCAGUGGUCGACAUGUCAUCUGUAUGUUCUUUACAAGUUGAGAUCCAGACUGAGGCACUGAUGACUCCCUCAAGACUACGGAGAAUGUCUUGCAUUCCAGCAGUGUCAGGAGGAGCCAACGAGUCUCCUAGUCCAGGAGGAUUCCGCAGGAAGGGGUCGACGCAGAGGAGAGUCAACUCCGUGUACCAGAGGAAGUCUACAGCCUUCUUGGACGUUCCUUCAGACAAACAUCAGCAGGAACAGGAGGACGAGGACAGCUACAGGCUCAGGUCCUUUAGCUUUACUAGCAAAGGUGUUGUAAACAGAGGAGACUCGUUCAGGAGACGUCGUUCUCGCAGCAACAGUCUACUUCCUUCCAGCCCCAACCCCGAGCAACCUCCGAGCUCCCUCUCCCCCGCACCCUCUCCUGAGGUCAUCACCUACCGGCUGGCCAUGCUGGGGGCUCCGGGAGUCGGCAAGACUGCGCUGGUCAGCCAGUUCAUGACGUCGGAGUGUAUCAACGCCUAUGAUAGGACGAGAGAUGACUCUGCAGCAGACGGUACGCAAGAAGAGUCUGUAUGUAUAAUGCUGAACGGAGAGGAGUCCGAACUGAAGUUUAUCAAUGUUGGAAAUGAAAAGGGGGAAGUGGAUCGUAGUUCUCCGCCGGCAGACGCCUACAUAGUGAUGUACUCAGUGAUAGAUAAGGCUAGUUUCCAACGAGCAGAGGACGAGCUCGGCCGACUGCAGGACUACGACCUGCUCAGGGCCAGACCCGCCAUCCUGGUGGCCAACAAAGUAGAUCUGGUCAGGAGCAGGGCUGUAAACGCUCAAGACGGCAAAUGCCUUGCGUGCACCUACCGAGCCAAGUUCAUCGAGAUCUCCGUAGGCAUCAACCACAACGUAGACGAACUCCUCGUGGGAAUCCUCAACCAGAUCCGGAUGAAGAGGGCGAACGCCGACAAGGAGUCGGGGAGUCAUUGGUACAAGAGCCGGGGAGUUGUCAGAGCCAGCAUGAAGGCUAGGCAAAUGUUCACCUGGAUCUUCGGUAAAGAAGACUCCAAGUUUAAAAACUGUGAAAACCUCCACGUCCUGUGAACUGGUUACACAUAUUGCCAUCGGUGCAAGUUUUCAACAAAAAAUUGUGCUAAAUUUCAAAAGGGUUAUUUGUUUUCUAUCACGAUUGUUGCAAAAUGUCUUUUGCAAAAUUUUUAAAUCUAGAAUCAGAUCUUAAAAAGUUAUGAUGACUUUUGUUUUGCUGAUCGUGAUUUAAAAUGCCCAUAAUAAUAAUAAUGCCAUAAGAAGUCAUUUGUACUAGUUUGUUUCGCUCUAAGUUAGUUUACUUUAAUGGUUAAGCCGUGCAAGAAUAAUAGAAAUUCUAAAAUAUCUAAGCACCUAGAUAAAUUGCCAAUGCUAAAGUUUCUGAUAAUUAUCACUUGAAUGAAAAAGUAUAUAAUUUUAAAACUCUCUUAAAAUACGUAAAAAUAACUCUAGUAAUAAAUAUAUUUACACAUAUACUGUUUACUCACAAGACGGUAAAUACAUAUGAAAGAUGGUGAGUGGUGAUCGAUUUCGAUUGGACACUCUAACCAUCAUUACACCCAAUAUGUGUCGAAAUAUAUUUAUUACAAGUUUUAUAUGACAUAUUUUUGUACUUUCAGGUAAUUUUAUAACCCGUACGAUGCUGAUCAAGAAGUUAUUUAGGAAUCGUAGCAAUCUCAAAAAAACACUCACUCUUUGUUUUUGAGGUACGGUUUCUCAAAAAUUAAAUUGUGUCUCAGGAAUUGACCAAACUACUUGUUUUUGUUACAUUUCAUACAACGUAUUUUUUACAAUUUUUUUUCUCAAGCAGUGACGAAGAGAAAUGUAAUGUUUUUUUUAGAAAAUUACAUCUCUAACCGAUCUGUAAUAUGUAAACAAUCGCUAACUAAAUGUACAUUAUAUUACUUUUGUUGACCAGGGACAACGGACGAAUCAUAGUAGUGUAUAUGCGAUUCAAUGACACACAAGCACUUCUUGAUAAAAUAACCUUGUACUAUUAUGAACACGCCAACAAUAUUAAAUAGUAUGAAUUGACUAAAGCUUUUUUUAAAUACAUAAAUAUGAAGCGACCUCAUUGAUUAUUAUUGACACCGGUGGCAAUCUUAGUAGAGUAUGAUAUUUCAUAUAAAGUAAGGUUAUUAUUGUAUCUGACCUAGGUGUUAAUUUUAUAUCGUUUGUAACUGCUUGGGGUCUUGAUUAAGAAUUACCUAUUUCAUUUUUAUAGCUUUCUUACACUUUUCCUACACAUAAAGGUUACAGCACCCAAAUCAUGUAAUUUUGUAAAAAUAUGUAAAACUCUUAAAAGUGUUUAACGUUUAAAAUGGGAAAAACGGGUUGUAUUGAAUGUCGAUCCAUGUAUAUAGCUUACUACUCAGGUUCCAUAAAUCAAUAUCCUUUCCAAUAAUCCUACUUUAAUUCAGAACAUUUGUUAAUGUUUAUAUGUACAAAUGUUAAAAUCAAGACCCUAGAUAAUCUUAGAUAAGGAACGUGUUUACCGUUUAUUUGCUAUCGAAUGAGCUAAACUGACUGCCUAAAAUAUAUUUUGAGCAAUAAUACUUUUAACCCUUCGUUAGAGGAGUCGCAAUAAAAAGAUGCAAACCCUACUACCAACAGGGUCAAUUAGUAUUACUCGAGAAAAUACAAAAUGUGAAGCUAUACUUACGAUUAUUAUCUUGAAGUCUGCAUGAUAUAGAUAGCUUAUUUCAAGAAACAUUUUAGUAAAAUUCCACAAGGACUCGUUACGGGAUGGAUUGAGACUCUUUUAAUGUAACGUUGUCUACAUUUUGUUGAUUAUGCACACGUUUAUUGAGGUGGAUUUUUUAUAAACCAAACAGUUUAAAUUGACGUUUAAAAUUUUGGAUUUAGAAUUUUAAUACAUGUACAAUUGUACAUGUUUAAAUAAAAGCUUUAAAGGUUUUUUUUUGUGUUGCUGGAUUUUUUAAAUUGACUCUAAACAUAUUGCCUGCAAUUAAAUACUAUUUUAUUAUUUUUUGUGUGCUCUAAAUUGAAUAACUGCGAUAAAAAUCUAUACAGUUAGUAUAAAGCAGAAAAAGUUAUUUUAUAAUAUAUCUCAUAUUAAAACUAAAUAAAUUGACAUGUCAUUCUGUGCCUUAAGAACGAAAAAGAUAUAUGAAAUACACGAAAAAAAUAUAUAUCGUUUAUAACUUAAAUUGAUGUAAUUGUGUUGUUACAUAUACCACAAUAAAUGUUAUGUGUACAGUAUACAUACAACUAUGUAUAGAUAUGCAAUCUGUAUAUUUCGUCAGUAGAAUAGGAAUCAUAUAAUUGUUUACGAUUUUAUUGUAAAUGUAGUAAAUUUGUAUCAACUUGUAUUUUUUCAUUAAAUUAUUUGUCGAUAAAUUUCUUAUUUUUGUAACGUUCUCACAUACUAACGUGUCCUUACUCUCCAAAACUAUUUUAUAUUAAUUUUUCAAUACUAUAGUUUAUAUUAUACCAGCGUUUUCUUAAAAACUUGCUGUUUAACCUAAAUACGUUUCGAUAUUUUUAAACAUAUUAUUCCCUUAAAAAUAUGAAUCUGCACAUUGGAUUAAAACUAUGUGCGUAUUAGUUGCAUCUACUUUAUAAAAAUCCUUGGAGAUUAAAAUCACCGAUUAUUAUACUUCCAGGGCGGUUUUCAACUUUACCAUUAUUAGAUAUUAUAUACAUAGAAGCAUAUAUGAGCUAGUUUUGCUAAGGUAAGGACAAUCCUAAUGUUGCUUCCAUUUCACCAGAUAAACAACUUAACAUUCAGAAAUUUUCUCCAAUAUUACUAGUGACUUUGGGACCAUAGAAUAGAACCGAAUUGUGAUUUUGUGCAAGGAAUUGAAAUGUUACUAUUCCUAGAGAUAACUUUUAUUUAAUUACUUUUUUAACCAUCCAUCAUCAGAUACUGAUAUUUUAUUAUUGUUACUGAUGUGUCACUGAUAAAGGUUUGUUUAAUGAUCAUUGAAACGUGGAUAUUUAGAUUUUAUAAAUGUAUCGUACGGUGUUUAUAUAUUUUUGAACUACUCUAUAAACGUGUGUGCUAAAUCUAUGCUAAUCCCGUGUACAUAAAAGUGAUAUGACAAUAUAAGUGUAGCUAUUAUCUGUAAGUAUGUGUAAAGUCCCUACAAAAGUGCGAUGAAAGUGGAAGAUGUAUUGAGUGGGAACAAUUUUUUACUAUUAUUUUUAUAUUGUUUACCACAGUUCAGCUUUCUUAAAUUAUAUGUAACCUAUAUUUGAUGUUUUAGAUAUAACAAUUGAUUUUAAAACGGUUCACACGUAAUGCAAUAGUUUUAAGCAUAACUUAUGAAGAUGAGUUUUAAAUCAGUAAUGUUAGUUUUUAGUAUAUCAUAGUAUGAUAUCAGCAGAGUCGUCAAGCUGUUUUUUAUUGGUAAAACUAAAAUAAAAUUAUCAAGACUAAUAACUACCAACUCAAAAUGCAUCUUCUACCUUGUUCAUAUGUAAACUAAUGUCUUCUACUUACUGACCAAUGAUUGUGCUGACCUUAAGUAACUGUUUGUUUGAAAGUUGUCUUCAUGUCCUUUAUGAACAUGUUUUUAUCUUUUACAUAUGUCAAUAAAUAUUUUGAACAUCAA